CAAUACAUGGAUGUCAACCACGACAGUCGUUUAACAAAUGCCCUGAAUUGAAAUUUAUCAGCUGACCACAGGGUUUUUUCAUAAAACUGGACCGGAAGCUUUAUGGUGUCUGAAGAACCUUGAGACAGGAUACGGUCUCUUACAAUCCGGUGUGACAAGAAAUGAGCGUGAAUGCCCCGAUAUUCGACCUUGAGUCCGUGCUGAGGCACGUAUCGCGUGGUCGGCAGGUAAGUGGGAGAACAGGGCGGCCCACUGACUCAGUGCCUUAUCGAGGAAGCAACCAUCGUCGAGCUGAACGAGGACAAGUCAAGUGCCGACGAACCAGACGCUGCGGAUGGAAGUGACAAAUCGUCAUUUUGUGUAAACGAGCAACAAGAAAUGGGCAGCCAAACAGAGAAACUCAACGCAUCUUUCCUAGAAGCUAUCUGGUCCAGCGAUCUCAAGUAUGCCAAGAGAUUGCUGAACGAGGGAGCGGACAUCGAGACGGCGAAUGAGUUCGGCGAGAACGCGUUGCGCAUAGCAGCUCAGAACGGGAGCGUGGAGUGCAUUCGGCUUCUGCUCGAGCGAGGUGCAAAACUCGACUCCAAGAACGAGCAGGGGGUGACCGCCCUGCACACCGCCACUAUUUUCAAAGCUCUGGGCUGCGUCAAAUUUCUCCUGGAUAAAGGCGCGGACGUCAACGCCCGGGACUCAGAGGGCGUCACCGCUCUACACAUAGCCGCACUCAACGAGCACUUCGACUGCGUCAAGAUGAUUCUCGAGAGGGGCGCAGACGUCAAGGCGAAAAGCACAGGAGGGUGGACCCCGCUGCACACGGUCGCACAGAGUGGACAUCUCGACUGCGUCAGACUGCUGCUGGAGAACGGAGCAAACUCAAACGAGAAGACGGUGGCGGAAGGGUGGACCCCGCUGUACGUCGCGGCAGAGAAAGGUCACACGAACUGCGUUCACCUGCUGCUGCAACAUGGAGCGAAAGUGAACUCGGAAAUCCUGCACGUUACCUCUCACGAUUCUCUUAAGGCACUCCUAAAGAACGGAGCAAAUGCCAACGCAAAGGACAGCAGAGGGUACACCGUCCUCCACACGGUUGCUGAAAAUGGAGACGUCAAGUCCCUCGAGAUCCUGCUCAAGUACGACGCAGACAUUCACGCAACAACACCCGAACGCGAUUCGGCGCUCCACGUAUCAGCGUCCAGCGGUCGUCUAGACUGCGUCAUGAUAUUGCUGAAGAAGGGAGCCAAUGUUCAUGCCAAAAACGUCUUGGGACUGACAGCCCUUCACAAAGCGGCGGAACAAGGGCACGUGGACUGUGUGAAGGCACUGGUUGAGAAGGGCACGAAGGUCGAUUCAAAAGACGACAAAGGCGGGACUCCACUUCACAAAGCUCUUGAGAGGGGGCACCUCAAGUGUGCCGAGUUGCUGCUACGUCACAGGGCAGAUAAGCACGCGACAACCAUAUAUGGGCACACGGCUCUGCACAGGGCUGCGAGGUGCGGCCAUUGGGAAUGUGUCAAGAUGCUGAUCGACAAGGGUGCGGACGUUCGAAUGAAGAGUGCCCUGGGCAACACGGCGCUGUACCUGGCUGCACAAAACGGGAACCCAAACUGCGUAAAAUUUCUAAUCGAGGUUGGAGCUGACGUAAACGACAAGAGUAAGGGUGGGUGGACAGCUCUGCACAUAGCGUCACAAAAUGGUCACAUCGAGUGCGUCAAACUGCUACUCUCGCGCGGAGCUGACGUUGGGACGAAGAGCGCUGGCGGGUUGACGCCCGUCCACGUUGCGUCACACAGCGGUCACUCAGACUGCGUCCUCGCGCUCGUGAAGAAAGGAGCCGACGUAAAUGCCCGAGGGAGCGACGGCUGGACAGCGCUGCACCGCGCUUCCCAGAGUGGACAAGCGAAGUGCAUUCAGACGCUCCUCGACAACGGGGCGACUGUUCACGAAGCGACCGACGGCGAACAGUGCACAGCAUUGUACAUAGCCGCUCAGAACGGACACACCGAAGCGGUCAAGAUGUUGCUUCGUAAGGGUGCGAACCCGGGCAUGCAGACCAGGGGAAAGUGGUUGCCACUGCACACUGCUGCCCAAAAUGGGCACCUCAGCUGUGCGGAGGAGCUGCUGGAGAACGGAGCGCCAGUGGACGCGAAGAGUUCCGUGGGGUGGACUCCGCUGCACUGCGCAGCACGUGGGGGAAGACUGGCGACCCUGAAACUGCUCCUUCACAGCGGCGCCAAGCAGGACAGACGCACGGUGGACGGGAAGACGGCUCUGGACCUGGCCACAGAGCACAACCACGCCGACUGCGUCAGCUUCCUCACCAAGAAGAGGUCAUCGAGGAUCACCAGGAGGAAGUAACACGAUCACAACUCAUUCUCGCAACAUAUUUGUUCUUAUAUAGAGUACGAGUAAAAAUAAACUCUUCUAUCAUCAGCUAAAUAUUUGUGGCUCUUGGGGGGGGGGGAAUUCAAAUUACAAAUCUGCAGUUUACCGUUCUCGAAAUUCAACCGACACGUAAAGUGUUGGAACUAGUUGCCGCGAAGUGCAAGUUUUACGUUAAUAUCGGAAGUUCACAGCAGAUGGAGAAGUGGUUACCACGUGAAAUGAUAGCUCUAUGAUCUUUUUAUACUAAAAAAAAUUUGUAAAAAUCUAUAUUUCUCUAAGUAUAAUAGCUUGUUAUCCAUAGACAUAAUCAAGAAAUUAAAUUUGAAGUCAUUUUACCACGCUGUGCACACUACAAACACCUUGAUUUUAUAAUUCAACGUUUAAUGAUAAGAAUGAUCAAGCGGUCAAUAAAUGUACCACCUGCUGUAACAUAA